AUGGAUGACUUCUACAAUGGCGAACCUUGUCCAGUGCAUGUGAAACGACUGAGCCUGGAGUGCACAGCCGAGAUGAACUAUGAGGAUGGCAGGACACAAAUGCUCACCUACGACUGGAGCACGUCCGGGGCAUCCGCUAUGAAACAAUACUGGACUGGGAAGACCAUCUUUCGCGUUCACCCUCUGCCUGAGCGACAUGUGUCAACCAAUCUGGAGCGGAAGAGCUUGCGACAUGCAGUUCGACAAGUUGCGCAUUUGCUUCAGGUUGAGCAUGAUGUGAUGCUGGCUGGCACUACAUCCUCCUCUACUUCAACAUCCUUGAAGAGCAGGCCACGGGUGGAUUUGUUAGAAACUUUUGCUGGACGUGCUGGAAUCACAAUGAAGGCUACCAAACUUGGUUUGAAAGCACUCCAACCCAUUGACUACAACACCGGCUAUGACCUUGAGAAGGCCAGCCACCAACAACAUGUGGACUAUUUGAUCGACCACUUCAAGCCCCUCUUCCUCGUGCAAGGCAUCGACUGCCGUGAUUGGUGUCUUUUACAAGACAACACCAACUACGUGAGACGCAAGAUCUUGCUUUUGAUGCGGAGGGAGAAGGCCAGGAAGUUGCUACGUCGAGUAGUUCGUUGGUGUGUCAAACAAGCUGAAGCUGGAAGGUUUUUCCUCUUGGAGAACCCUGCAACAAGUCGACUUUGGCUUGAACCGCUGGUGCUGAGACUUUCAAGACUUCCAGGAGUCUAUGCAGUUGUUUGCCAUUCAGGCGCUUAUGGCGGCACCAACUCCAAAGGCCAGAUGAUCAAGAAGAGUUUCAAGUUUCUUGGCAACUGCCCUUGCGUGCUAGAGCGACUGACCAGAAAACUUGAUUCAGAGCAACUGCUUCAAUGUGUACCUUUGGUUGGAAAAGAAACAACUCUUUCACAGCAUUACCCUGAUGAUAUGAUCAAGCAGAUCGUGCAGGGAAUCAAACAGACCGCUGCACAACAUGAUCCAGAACGUUUUCAUGCUUUUUCCACAACAAGUUUUCAGGUGAUGGCUGUGAACACAACACCAGAUGAUUGGGUUCCCAUUUUUGAAUCUGCCCAGAAGUCCUUUGACAUGACACGACAACGAAGCUAUGUUCUGCCCACAUCAGACACGACAUGGAAGAUGGUUCAACAACUUGUGCAAUGGCAUCAGCUUGAACGUGUGCAGAUUGCGUAUCAACCAACCAUGCUGCGUUUGCCCUUGCACAUUCCUCAUACGCACCGUGGCUGGGCAUUGCUCUACAACGACCAGACCGUGGAAGUUGUUGAAGAGGACCUGGCGGAUGUGAGACACCCAAGAGCCAAGUUCCGCAAACCCGUGAACAUUGGCAUUUUCUUCUUCGGAUAUGCAACACCAAGUAGCCAUGCAAAUCAACCUGUUUCAGCACGACCUGAUGGACAACCUCUACAAGAACCAGCUGAAGAUGACCCACAAGCAAUUGUGGCUCACAACACAGAGGGCAUCACCUUUCCAAGGAUGCCUGGUCUUUCACAAGAUGUCAAGACCUUGCUUUCAAGACUUCAUCGCAACCUUGGACAUCCUCACAACAAUGAGUUGAAAAAGAUGCUUGCGAUGAAUGGCAUCAAAGAUCAGAAGGUCUAUGAUGCAAUUGAAGCUUUGACAUGCGAAUCUUGCUUGCGUGUGAGGGGACCUGGCAAACCUGAACCUGCAGGCAUUCCUCAAGAUGUGAGUUUGCAGUUUGGCGAUGUUUUGCAGAUUGACAUCGUCUAUGUCAGGGACAUCACCUCAACCAACUACAUCUUCUUGGGCAUCAUUGAUGAGUGCACGCACCUUCACAUGGCCUUGCACUUGAAUGACCGAAGUCCCGAGGAGGUGCACUACAAGUUUUCUACGUUUUGGGCCCGACCUUUUGGUUUUCCACUGAAGAUCAAAGCUGAUCCCGACGGAAGCUUCCGUGGAUCAUUUGAAGCGGCAAUGGAUGAAGCUGGAACCUACAUGGACUACAUCCCUGCCGAGGCCCACAACAAGAUUGGUCUGAUUGAAAGGCACAACGCCACCUUGAGAGAGCUGAUGGAGAGAACCAUUGAUGCAAGAGCAGUGGUAGGACCUGAAGCCAUGGAACAAGCAGCAAUAGCAGCCUGUUUUGCAAAGAAUUCCUGCACAUGGUCUUCAGGGCGACCUCCUUUUGUGGCAGCCUUUGGAAGAGUGCCACGCCUGGGCAUGAACCUUCUUUCAGAUCAACAUGGACUUGUAGGUGGUAGAACACGUGAACAAGCUCAACGCGAAGCUGACUACAUGCGUGCGGAAGCACAACAACAUCUGUCAGCGAUGAGUGUGGAUAGCAACCUACGGCGUGCUUUGCUGAGGAAGUCUACCUCCAACCAACUUCAAGAACUACCAAUUGGUUCCAUUGCAGCAUACUGGCGAUGGACUGCGAAAUCUGGCAAGAAGAGAGGUGGAUUCAAACUGGCUCGUGUUUUGGGCCGUGACCCUGACAACAAGAGCAUUUGGCUUCAAGCAGGCACCAACACCGUGAAGGUAGCACCACAUCAAGUUCGACCAGCACUUGGAUUUGAACAAUGGAAUCCCAACUACGACGACAUCAAAGCCUUGAGGUCAGCUGUUGAAAACCUCCAACAUGGCAUUCUUCAAGACGAGCAACUACCAGAUCCACCGCAAGGACAAGAACUACCUGGUUUUGAAGAAGUGCAACCUGAGGUGCAAGUGCCUCCACCUGUUGGAAUAGAAGACGGCAUUCCCGAAGCACAUCAACAUGAGCUCAUUCCUGUGCCUCGGACACCUUUGCCUGAUCCAGUGCAACAACCUCCUCAAAUUCAACUUGAAGAGGAAGCUACACAAACGGAUCCAUACCAGCAGCAGCAGACGACCAUCAACAUGAAUAUGUCGUCACCAACCUACAGACAGACCAUCAUCCAGAACCAAUCCUUUGGUAUGAAUGAAGCACAGCGCUCUAGACCCACAGUCAAUGUGCCUGUCAGGAAACGACAUGCUUCAAGGUCGAAAACACCUGUUCGACAACUACGAGCAUUGACACCACAUGGUGAAAGAGCCCAACCUGCUUCAGUACGACAGUUGCCUGAUGAACCUUUUCUAGAGCAAGCACAUCAACCUUCUUCAGUGCAACCGUUGGCGAACCCACCUUCUGUAUUGGCACCGUCCAAUCCAGCCGGUGGCAUAACGCCUCCACUAGAAACACCACAGACCGAAGUGAUCGUGGUGCAAGAUGAUGAUGACACUGCAGGGCAACCUGCAUCGUCUCAUGGACAACAAGUUCUACCACAGAGCCAGACCGCUGUGGCAGAUGACAUUGGAGAUCAAGCUCCAACAACACCAGAAGCAUUGCGGCUGACGCCAGCCAAAAGAACCUUUGAUGAAGCUGCAGCAGAUCAAACUUUUGAUGUUUCCUUUUUGCGACCAUUUCGAGAUGAAAGGUCGACCAAUUCAAUUUCUUCAACAAUGCAAGAUCACUACGUCGACUUCGACAAUGAUGAUGUCGACGGCAUGACGUUGAUGGCUAGAGGAUUUGAUGGAUCACCAGAUGUCUACAUGCCGUACUCCAACAAGAGCUUCAUGACGGCAUAUCGCCAACAUGGCGACUACGAUGGCAAUGGCGACAGCGACGAAUCUGACGCUGAUGUCAAGGAUUUCCGUGGAGAGCAAAAGCCCAUUCCACCUACCUUGGCCCGCCAAGAGAAGAAAGCCUUAGACAAAGAGAUCCCUUGGCAGAAUAUCAUGCGUAUGGAUGAAGCCACCAUCCAGCAGUACGUUGAUGCAGCAAAAGCAGAAGAGCGCUCAUGGCUCGACUUCAGCAGUGUGCGCCCCAUUUCCAAGACGGAAGCUGCCAAGAUCCUUGGAGACAAGGAACUACGCAAACGGGUUCUACGUUCCCGUGCAGCCUUCAGAGACAAGUCUAGAGGAGUUGGUCCACUACGACCGAAGUGCCGCAUCGUCGCAGUGGGAUGCAGCGAUCCAGAUCUUUGGACGCUUCAACGUGAGAGCGCCACUCCAACCAGACAGUCUGAGUUUUUGGUUUUUGCAAUUUACAUAGCAGGCCGAAAUGGGAAGAUGAUGGGCAAUCCCAAUGCAGUUUGGUGUUUGUGGGCAGGCGACGUCAAAACAGCCUUCCUCCAGGGAACACCCGAGCAGAGGAGCAUGCCAAUUUUUCUUCUUCCACCUGCCGAUGGAAUUUGCAAAAGAGCCGACAUUUUCAGAGGAGCAGAUCUACUGGAAGUUGUGGGUAACAUUUACGGACUUGCUUCAGCACCACGCACUUGGCAGAUGCAUGUUGUGAAGGUUUUGAAACAGAUUGGAUACCAACAAUCUUCUCUGGAUAAAAUGCUUCUCUACUACUACCAGAAGUUUGAAGGAGAAUCAGAACCUGUCCUUUGCGCUGUCAUCAUAGUGUACGUGGAUGACUUCCUGCUGACCCACGACAGCCGCUAUGAUCGCAAUCACCUGCUGAAGAUGUUCAAGUGGGGAAGCCAGAAUGAGCUGACCUUAGAGAACAGCCUGGACUUCAAGGGCAAGCGCAUUUCCUUGAAGCACGACCGCAACAACAAUGAGUACACCCUCAAGCUCGACCAGGAGAAGUUCAUUUCUGACAUGAAAGGUGGCACCGUUCCGAAGAAACGGCACAAAGAGACCUUGGAUGCCUCCGACCUGGGAGAGUUUAGAAGCGUGUCAGGAUGUUUGCAAUGGUUGGCUGGACAGACGAGACCUGACGUUGCUGCAACCGUCAGUCUGUGCAGCCGAGGUGCAAAGUCAACAUACGAAGACUUGCACAACAUGUACAUGGCUGUUGAGCACCUGCAUCAAACAAAAGAUCAUGGCUUGGUUUUGCGACCCGUGCCCAUCGACUAUUCCACGAUGAUCACCACCUAUGCUGAUUCCAGUUGGGCCAAUGCUGUUGGACAUGCAAGUCAACAUGGUGCUUUGAUUUUGCUUUCCAGCCCUAAGGCCACCGAUGUGAUUCAACCUGGACUCUUGGUGGAUUGGAAGAGUUCGAGAUCUACGCGCGUUUGCCGAUCCACUCUUGCUGCUGAAGCCUCCGCGGCCGAUAUGAGUGUUGAUCGUGCCAGCCUGAUCAACUACAUGCUGAGUGAGCUGCUUCUGAACCGGCCGGCGUUUCACAUUCCCUCUUGCGAUUUGUUGCGAAUGGUGCAGGCAACCGACUGCCGUUCGCUUUACGAUGUUUUAGUUAGUGAGAAUCCUCGCACUGAGGACAAGAGGACCAUUGUGACCAUCCGGUCGGUCCAGAUCCGUGGCAGCGGACAAGCGGUGCUGAUCCAUCGGCCGUUGAAGUUGCGGCAAAAGCAUUACCUGGCCUUGCUGCACAUCUUCGAUGAAGUGUCAGGGCGCUACACGAACUAUGCUUAUCGUUUUCAGUCCGAGCCGCCCUUCAGGAUACUGCAGGUGUCAGCUCCGUUGCCCCUCACAACGGCGGGCAUCGCCAGCGGCCUGGCCGUGCACAACGACACGGUGCUGGUGACCUACACGGCAAGCGAGGUGCCGGAGGCGCGCGCGCUGGUAAUGAGUCUGUCUCAGUUGGACAAGUUCUUUACUUGUGGUGAGUUGCGCCAGAUCACUGUGACUUUCGAUCCAUACCUCCAGAUGCCCGACUUUUUGGAAGAUGGCAGUCUGGAGAGCCGUUUGAUUUGGGAGGCCUCCAAGCCUGGGCACUUAGUGACUCUUCUGAAGGCAAAUAAGGCGAAUGGUACUGGACCGAAGUCCAGUUAUGCCAUGCUGCAGAGGAUGAUUGCGGACCUGGGCCUGGAGGACGCCCUGGGUCCCCAGCGCUGUCACCGUGGCCUGACCUGUCGCUGGCGGCCGAAAGGCCGCUCCCCUGGGAGCCUGCGGAGCCAAGUGCCGCAAGCGGAGGAGGAGUCCAUGGUGGAUUUCUCCAAGUGUGUCGUGAGUUGAGAGCACUGAGAGCGCUGAACAUUGGUUGACGACGUUGCAGCUUCACUUAUGCUACACCCUGCUUGGUAUAUGGA